AUGAAAACGCAACAGGUUGCAAUUUGCAAAUUAAUCGAGAACGUGACACCUCAGGGGACUGGAAACCCGAGAAACCCAUUACAGCGGCAAACAAAAUGCGACGAAGAUUUUAUUUUCCAUUUAUUGAAGAUGUCCAACACGGCCGACAAUUAUGAAAAUUCAGCAUUCAUCCGUCAAUCUUUAUCCGAUACAAAACCUUCUGUUGUAGACUUAACAUUGCCAAAAUUUACUCAUCCUGAUAUUCUUCAAGGAAUUGAAAGUGUUGAUAAAUUACCAUCAUUUUCUCCCUUUUUCGCGUUUGCUAAUCAAACUAAACUCCUUCAACCUGAAUUUGAAAGAGUUCUCGAGAGUCUUCACCCGGAUGUCAAUUGUAUAAUUUCUGAUGCAUUCUUUCCAUGGAGUCUUGAAUCAGCUUCCAAGUUAAACAUACCCAGAUAUGAAUUCAAUCCAGCUAGUAACUUAACGUUGACAAUCUUCGAUAUCCUUUCCAAUCAAAAUUUUCCUGUCGAUUCCAAUGACGAGCUUUUUAGUCUUGCUCCAAAAUUUCCUAACAUCCAGCUUACCAAGAAUGAUCUUGAACCUAAAAUGACUGAUCCACAACCAGGUGAAGCGACUGAUUUUCUUUCGGAUAUGUUUAGUGCAUCAAGUAAACCUAACAACAUAAUCUCCAACAGUUUCUGUGGACUCGAGUCGGAAUUUGAAGAUUACUUGAACUCUAGAGAAAAUUCACCACCGAAAGUUAGGUCUGUUGGACCACUCUGUCUUGCUGCAGCACCAAAAGUUGCAAACUCGGAUGAACACAAGAAAAAACCUACGUGGAUUCAAUGGCUUGAUGAGAUGUUAGAUGAUGAAAAACCUGUCUUGUAUGUUGCAUUUGGGUCUCUGGCAGAAAUUACAAUCGAGCAGUUCAGAGAAUUAGCUAUUGGAUUGGAGGAUUCUGGAGGAAAUUUCUUGUGGGUUUUGCGAUUGCCGCCAGGAGAUGAAUUUAUUGGUGAGUUUGAGGAGAAAAUAAAAGGAAGAGGGCUAUUGGUGAAGAAUCAAUGGGUUGAUCAACUUGAAAUACUAAGACAUGAUUCAGUAAACGGGUUUAUGAGUCACUGCGGUUGGAAUUCGGUGUUGGAAAGCAUUUGCGAAUCAGUACCAUUGUUGGGAUUUCCAAUCGCAACUAAUCAAUAUUGGAAUGCUAGAAUGGUUGAAGAGCAUUAUGGCAUUGGUGUUAAGGUUGUAACAAGGAAUGGUGCUGUUCGUGGGUUUUAA